AAGUCCCUUUAAUUCAAGGUCGUCAUACAAAAUGACUGCUUUGGUGAGGGCUGGUUUGAGAGUUUGUAAACAAGGUUCUGCAACAAGGCUGUUUUGUUCUACAAGCUUUAAUUGCGUACAAGAAGGCCCCAAUGUAGACCUACCAACACACACUGGACAGGUAUGGGACAAAAGUGAUUACAGAAGAGUAAGGUUUCUCGACAAAGACAAGCAGAUCAACAAGAACUUUGCCAUACAGCUUGUAGCGGAAGAGCCAGUUGUUAUCGUGAACGCGAGGAGUGUGUGGAGUGAUGGUGGGGGACCUCUCGGACAUCCAAAAGUCUUUAUCAAUCUGGACAGACCUGAAAUCGGAGUCUGUGGCUAUUCAGGCAGGAAAUUUAUUCAGAAGAAAUAUUACGAUGCUUCGAGGCAUGGGCCUAGCAUAACGUAUGAUGAAUAUUUAGCCGAAGAGAGACACACAUGAACCAUGUUGAACUUUGUCAUGUUAUUUUUAUUUUGUUUGUGUGUAGUGUAUAUUUAAAAGACUAUAAAGGACUCAUAGUCUUUGUAAGUUCAGGAUGUUGUACAUUGAAUAUUAAAAUCUAGACUCACA